AUGUCAGUCAAAGAGUUUGGUAUGCUUCUUAUCAUGGAGAUUGGUAUACUUCAAGUCAUGGAGUUUGGUAGGCUUCAUGUCACACAGUCUGGUAUGCUUCAUGUCAUGGAAUCUGGUAUGCUUCAUUUAAUGGAAUUUGGUAGGCUUCAUGUCAAAGAGUAUGGUGGGCUUCAUGUCAUGAAGUUUGGUAUGACUCAUGUCGUGGAGUUUGGUAGGUAUCAUGUCCUUGAGUUUGGUACGUUUCAUGUCCUGAAGUUUGGUAGGCAACAUGUCACGGAGUUUGGUAUGCUUCAUGUCACGGAUUUUGAGUUUGGUAGGCUUCAUGUCAUGGAGUUUGGUAUGUCUCAUAUCGUGGAGUUUGGUAGGUAUCAUUUUAUUGAGAUUGAUAGGUUUCAUGUCCUACAGUUUGGUAGGCAACAUGUCACGGAGUUUCGUAUGCUUCAUGUCACAGAAUUUGGUAGGCUUCAUGUCAUGGAGUUUUGUAGGGAACAUAUCAAGGAGUUUGGUGGACUUCAUGUCAUGGAGUUUGGUAGGCUUCAUGUCACGGAGUUUGGUAUGCUUCAUGUCACGGAAUUUGGUAGGUUCCAUGUCACAGAGUUUGGUAGACAACAUGUCACGGUGUUUGGUAGGCUUGAUGUCAUGGAGUUUGGUAGGCUUCAUGUCAUGGAGUUUUGUAGGCUUCAUGUCACGGAGUUUGGUAUACUUCAUGUCAUGGAGUUUGGCAGGCUUCAUGUCACAGAGUUUGGUAUGCUUCAUGUCACGGAGUUUGGUAUGCUUCAUGUCAUGGAGUUUGGUAUGACUCAUGUCGUGGAGUUUGGUAGGUAUCAUGUCAUUGAGUUUGGUAGGUUUCAUGUCCUGAAGUUUGGUAGGCAACCUGUCACGGAGUUUGGUAUGCUUCAUGUCACGGAUUUUUGUAAGCUUCAUGUCACGGAGUUUUGUAGGCUUCAUGUCACAGAGUUUGGUAGGCUUCAUGUCAUGGAGUAUGGUAGGCUUCAUGGCACGGAGUUUGGUAUGUUUCAUAUCGCGGAGUUUGAUAGCAACAAUCCAGUGAAGGGUAACAUUCUCGAACUUGCAAGAGUCGUAAUGUGA